AUGGCCGCCAAGGCACUCCCUGUUCACCUUCGCGCCGCCGCAAGUGAUGCCUCGAAUUCGGGUUCCUUCGAGACCAAGCACCAUGGCAAGUCCCAGUCGCACAUGCUGACCACCUCCGCCCCCAUCCAGGCAUUCGAGAAUGCUUCCACCAGCGUCGCCGCCUCACAGAUGCGCAAUGCCCUGAAUGCGCUCGCCGACACCGUCCCCGACCCCAAUGAGAAGCAGCGCUUCGAGGCCGAGAUGGACAACUUCUUCGCUCUGUUCCGCCGCUUUCUGAAUGACAAGGCCAAGGGCAAUGCCGUCAACUGGGACCGCAUCGCGCCGCCCCAGCCCUCGCAGGUCGUGGGGUACGACGACCUGGGCGCCGAAGCCUCGGUUGAGUUCCUGAACAAGCUGGCCGUCGUGAAGCUCAACGGUGGUCUGGGUACCUCCAUGGGCUGCGUCGGCCCCAAGUCCGUCAUCGAGGUUCGUGAGGGCAUGUCCUUCCUGGAUCUCUCCGUGCGUCAGAUCGAGCACCUUAACCGCACCUUCAACGUCAAUGUCCCCUUCGUCCUCAUGAACUCCUUCAACACCGACCAGGACACCCAGUCCAUCAUCAAGAAGUACGAGGGUCACAAUGUCGACAUCAUCACCUUCAACCAGUCGCGCUACCCCCGUAUCGUCAAGGACUCGCUGCUGCCCGCGCCUAAGAGCUUCGAUGCUCCCCUGCAGGAUUGGUAUCCGCCGGGCCACGGUGACGUGUUCGAGUCGCUGUACAACUCCGGCACGCUGGACAAGCUGAUUGCCCGCGGCAUCGAGUACAUCUUCCUGUCGAAUGCUGACAACCUGGGUGCGGUGGUGGAUCUCCGCAUCCUGCAGCACAUGGCCGACUCUCAGUCCGAGUACAUCAUGGAGCUGACGGACAAGACCAAGGCCGACGUCAAGGGCGGUACCAUCAUCGACUACGAUGGCAAGGUCCGCCUGCUCGAGAUUGCCCAGGUGCCCAAGGAGCACGUCAACGAGUUCAAGUCUAUCAAGAAGUUCAAGUACUUCAACACCAACAACAUCUGGCUGAACGUCCGCGCCAUCAAGCGUGUCGUCGAGGAGAACGAGCUUGAGAUGGAGAUCAUCGCCAACGAGAAGUCCAUCCCGGCGGACAAGAAGGGCGAGGCCGACCAGGCCAUCUACCAGCUGGAGACGGCUGUCGGUGCCGCUAUCCGCCACUUCAAGAACGCCCACGGUGUCAACGUGCCCCGCCGCCGCUUCCUGCCCGUGAAGACCUGCUCCGAUCUGAUGGUCGUCAAGUCCGAUCUGUACCGUCUCGAGCACGGCCAGCUCGUCAUGGACCCCAACCGUUUCGGUGGUGUCCCCGUCAUCAAGCUCGGCUCGGACUUCAAGAAGGUCUCCGACUUCCAGAAGCGCAUUGCCAGCAUUCCUCGCAUUGUCGAGCUCGACCACCUCACCAUUACCGGUGCUGUCAACCUGGGCCGCAACGUCACCCUCAAGGGCACUGUCAUUAUUGUCGCCACCGAGGGCAGCACCAUUGACAUCCCCCCGGCUCGGUGCUGGAGAACUGCGUUGUUCAGGGCAGCCUGA